AAUCUGCGCUACAGGUUCUGCACCACACAUACGCGAUGAACUCUGUGGAGAUCUGGGACGGCGCGCCCGCAGCCCUGUCAGAACGGGAGGUGCUAUCAGACCCCCCGGAUCUGUACACCAAUCUGAGCCUCCUCAACUCCUCCGUCCACAGCAACAGCAACAGCACCAACCUGACCAGCAUCACCUACUACCCGUACUACCAGCACUCGCUGCCCGUGGCCGCCAGCCUGACCCUGGCUUAUCUGUUCAUAUUCCUGCUGUGCAUGGUGGGAAACGGCCUGGUGUGUCUGAUCGUCCUGGAGAACCGGCGCAUGAGGACGGUCACCAACCUGUUCAUUCUCAACCUGGCUGUGAGCGACCUUCUGGUGGGGGUUUUCUGCGUCCCCACCACACUGGUGGAUAAUCUUAUUACAGGUUGGCCUUUCACCAACACGGUGUGUAAGAUGAGCGGCCUGGUGCAGGGCAUGUCGGUGUCGGCGUCUGUCUUCACGCUGGUCGCCAUCGCCGUUGACAGGUUUCGAUGCAUCGUGUACCCGUUCCAGCCCAAACUCACCUUGCUGGUCGCCAAGGUGACCAUCGUGAUGAUCUGGGUGCUGGCGCUGGUGAUCAUGUGCCCCUCGGCGGUGAUGCUGACCGUGGAGCAGGUCAAGCAUCACUACAUGGUCCACAACCUGGACUACAACCACACGUACCCGCUCCUGUCCUGCUACGAGGACUGGGCCGACCCCCAGAUGAGGAAGGUGUACACCACGGUGCUGUUCGCCAACAUCUACCUCGUCCCGCUCACGCUCAUCACGCUGAUGUACGGCCGCAUCGGGAUCAAGCUCUACACCACGCCCGUCAUCUCCGGGAACGACCAGCAGGACGGCGGGGGGGCUCAGCACGAAGGCCGGCCGCUCAUCUCGCACAAGAAGAUCAAGGUGAUCAAGAUGCUGAUCGUGGUGGCGCUCCUGUUCACGCUCUCCUGGCUCCCUCUGUGGACCCUCAUGCUCCUGACGGACUACGGGGCCAUGGACAAGGACCAGCUGGAGCUGCUCUCCGGGUACGUCUUUCCCUUCGCGCACUGGCUGGCCUUCUCCAACUCCAGCGUCAACCCCAUUAUCUACGGGUACUACAACGAGAACUUCAAGCGAGGCUUCCAGGCGGUGUGCAGGACGCACUCGUGCUGCUGCUGCUUCUGUUGCUGGUUGUUUCCCGUGGGCAAACGGAGGGUCCACAGACCGGGCAGGGACGACAGGAACCAGCUGGCCAUCAACACAAACGCUUUACCGUUUGGAGCCAGAAACCGGGUGUACACCGACGGGAACCUGAAGAAGCACAGGAGUGGCACGAACGAGGAGCAGAAGAGGGGCGGAGGCAGGGUGAGCAGUUCCGUCAGCCUGGACGACGCCAGGUCCGAGGUGGCGCUGGAGAACAAAGGCGUGGCACUUCAAAAGGGACUGCAAAUGGAGGACCUGGAGAAGAUCAGCCCCAUCGGUGUGACUGUGAGUCAAGCUUGGGACCAGUAG